CAUCUUCUAAACAUUUACGAUGGCUUACAAAGUUGGGCAGCUACGUACAAGAAUCGAAAUAAUUUACGAAAUUUAUAUAACUUAAAAUAAAAAAACUUUAAAACAAAACUCACUAAACAAUAAAAUGCCACGGAACCCAAAUGCAGAACGUGAUAAUCCCUGCUUGCGAGAACAAGAACUUUCGUUCAAAUGCCUCAGCAAAUACAAUUAUGACAGAGAUAAGUGCGAAGUGUUUUUUGCAAACUAUAAUAAUUGCAAGGAAUUUUGGAAUAAAGUGCGGUCCGAUCGUCGGUCAAAGGGUAUUGCGCCACACCUGCCACCUGUGGAAGAUCGUGCAGAUAUCAAAGCCGAAUAUAUGAAAUCCAAACCACCGCGGGACUAACAACUUGCAAGACAAAAAAAUGCGUUUAGACAAUUGUUACGUUUUAUAAAAUAUUUUUAAUAUCGCAGAGAAAUCAUUUUUGUUUGUUUUAUA